UGACCCAGAGCGUGGUACAUUUGUAAUGAAGACAUACAAUUAAACACUUACUUAUAGUAGUUAUUAAAACCAAAUAAAACUAUAUUUUUACACAUCUUAAUUUCGUUCAACAUAUUUUAUGGAUGGAAAUUCAGGUGAAAUCAAAUGGUUACGAAGUACCAGAUACAAGGAAAAGUGUGCCUCAUAUUUAUUCGGCUUUAAACGAACAUUCUAGCGGAAUAUAUACUUAUAUUGAACCAAAAGUAAACAUCAAAUCAAAACGGAAAUGGAAGAAAAAGCUUCGCCUUUGUGUUAUAUUGUUUGUUGGAAUAAUAGUAGGAACUGUUUUAACGAUAGCUGGAUUCUUCAUUUUUGGACCCUCUAGUACACCAUCACUGCGUGGUAAUCAUUAUGACAAUUUUGAAUCACCUUCAGGUAACAAAACCUUUACAACACCAGAAAAGUACGAGUUUAGAAUGGUGAGAUGUGAGAUAGGAGACAUUCCAUUCAAACAACAGUUCCUCUCAUUUAGAGUGAAAUCCUGCUCGGAUGUUUAUCUUGUUUUGACAUCAGAAUAUGACGACGAAGGUCCGUUGAUAGAAAUUGCCAUUGGACUUAAUGGCAACACGAGGUCCGCCAUUCGAACUGAAAAACGCGGGACAAAUAUCGUGACCUUCACAAGGUCAUUUCUAAAUUGCAGAAGGUUUACUAGUUUCUGGGUCAGUUGGGGCAACCAGAUAAUUCAAGUCGGAAUGGGACUCCAAGAAAAUAACAGAGAGUUUAUGAUGAUGAUGGAUGAUCGUAAACUUAAAAUUGUAAAUAUUGGAAUCAGCACCGGACGUGGUACAACCGGUAAAUGGUUAUUUGUGAAACCUUAACCAGUUUGUUUUAUUAAAAGGCUGGUUAUAUA